AUUAUUCUCACUUUAGUACUUUUUCCAAUAAGUAAAACAAUGCGGAAAUUCCUAUUUGAAUAUAAAGUUACACGGAGUCAUUCAGAUUUACAAAUGUCAACUGAGCCACGAGAACGAUAUACGGUGACAGAGCGGCAAGUAGAUGCAGAAUCAACGGACGACCAGCCAUCAACCACAGAACAAGGCACCAUCCGAACCGAGCAGUACAAACGGGAUUUAGCAGAGUUCCAAGCGAGGAGGUCUCUAGGUAAAGAAGACCAACAGAAUAUUACACCUGUCAGACGGAAAUGUGGAAGACAUUCCCUACCCGCCUCCUGCACAGACUGCUCCGGCGGGGAUCCAGACACAACAUUUAAUUACGAAAAGAAUUCCGCAGCUAAAUACAAAAAGAAGUCACGUAACGCUAGACGAGCCAGCCUCGACGACAAACUACCUAAUAUACAGUUCCUCUUCCAAAAUCAGGUGUUCAUGCCUGGCAAUAUGUAUUCUGGUUCGUUCUCCGAGUCGGCAAAAGCCCGCUAUCGAAAGAAAUCCCAAAGGUCACCAGAUAUGGAUUCAAUACAGAGACAUUUAGAUUUCAAGGAUGAAGAAUUGAAAUCUCCGUCUUUAUUCCUUAAGAAUGAUUCUUUGCCAUAUGAUCUUAAGAAGUUUAUCGAAGGUACGAACAAAAUCGACGAGGUCGAUGGACUGUCUUCUAGUCACAAUUCCGUUAGGGAAUUGAAUAAUGAUAACAGCUAUGAAGAGAAGAUGUGGGAGGUGAUGGACGAGCUGAAGAACUUCGACCAGUGGGCCGACGACCAACUGCAAGCGCAGUCCGCUAACACCACUAAGUCUGAUGAUACUAAAAGUGACGUGAGUGCUUACGGGCUAGCUGUGACAAGUUCUAGCAACAUGAGUGUGACAUUAGACAAGACUAGAUCGUGGAACACCGGCAAGUGGGGCCUAGUGCCGGUACAGAUAAAGAAACUGCACGGCGUCACCAUUGAUCACGUUAAGAAGAAACAGAACACAGAGAUAAAUAUACUGAGAAAAUAUCGACACCCGAACAUAAUACUGCUAAUGGGAUUGUAUACGGAUGUUCACAAUAACGUCAACAUAAUCUGUGAGAGAUGUAUGGACUCGCUAUAUGGGAUAUUACAUGUACAGGGCCGGAUCCUAAGUGCACAGACGUCAGUCCAGUACGCACUGGAUAUCGCGAACGCGUUACUGUUCUUACGUAUGCAGGGCUAUGUGCACUCGCGUCUAUCCAGUGCAAGUGUACUGGUUACGUCACACGGCACAGCCAAGCUCGCUGAUGUCGCGCCAUGUUUGAGACUCAGUAAUAAGAAGAAAGAAAUUAAACAGUACGAGUUUACACCUGAGCCGCAGUAUGUUAAUAUACAAGAUACAUCAGGAUCAGUACCAGCGGAUAGCGAGCCGUUACUACCUCAGACGAUGUCCGAAGCGUACCUGUCCCGCAACGCGGUAGCGCAGGAGUACUCUACCUACAGAGAUAGCUCGCACUACCGCUGGCUAGCUCCGGAGCUGUUCGAGCCUGAUGCUCUCGGGCAGGUCUACCCGUGCUCUAAGACUGAUGUAUACUCACUAUGUCUCAUACUAUGGGAGUGCUGUAAUGCGACAAUCCCAUGGAAGACAUUGAAGUAUGAGAAACUGAAAGAGCUGUACCUGACAUGGAAGACCGGGAUCAGACUGCCGCAGGAUGGCUCCUACCCUGGCGCGUUACUGGCCACCUUACAGGAUGGUCUGCAACUGGCACGAGACCAGAGGAGCGACCUGCAGACGUUGCAGACCACGCUGCAGACAUUAAAGAGCGACCUUGACGACAUGGAGUAUAUCAUAAUAGCGACGAGAUUCCCUAAAACAGUAUCCAAUUUUAGCAACCAGAGCUGGGAUACCACCUCUCCUUCUGACUCCGAUGCCACCAGUGCCAGGAUGCGACACAAAGUGGUCGUACACAAACACAACAUGUCAACAGACAGCGAUAAAGACUCGCAAACAAUCACAAGCCCAUUAUACGAGACUUUAAGAAGAACCCAAAUAGAAACAAUAAAAGAACCAGAAAAAUGUUUCAUAUCAGACGAUGAGACAGUCACAGAUAAUCUUCAACCGUUCCUAAAAUUCCAACAUCUACCAGAUAAUGACUUCUCGAGCGUCUGUUCGACUCCAGUUCAAACUAAAAUUCAACCUAGAAUUAAAGAAUUAGGCACACCUGUGUUACAUAAAAGUGAUUCAACUGAAUAUUGUAGCAUUUUAAGUCCAGAUACACGCGGUUUUAGUCUAACUUGUAGCGAUACUAAAGAUAAAAGUGAACGUUCCACUACGAAAUUAAGCCGCAGUUUCACUCCGCAGUCAUACAAACCGUUACAUAUUAAAGUACCUGAUUUCAAGUUGGAUUCUAUUAAAUCUAUUGUUAAAGAUAAUGAUCGUAAUGAAAGAUCUUCGUAUAAUUUUGAUAUAAAGCAUUACAGUCUACCUGCAACACCUAUAGCUAGAAGUAAUAAAUUAAGAAAGAACGCCUGGCUAUCUGGUGAUUUUAGUGGUCAGGAGAAGAAUGCGGAGAAAGUCCAGGAAAAAACUUCAGUCAAAGAAGCGUAUGAAAAAGAGACUCAGACCUCUCCUAUGGCAGGCUUAGGGUCAGAUAAUGAGGUGGACUUGGAUAGCUCCUCCUCAAAGCCAGCCAGCGACCACACCACAAGAGACAGCUACACUGGACUUAAACAUGUGGAACCACCACAUGAUUUCCUAAUACCCGAAGACCCGGAACCUCGACCUCGAGCUAGCUCCUGGUCUCUCAGGUCCCGGGACACCACCAGCUCCAAGGGCAAGGUUGAGGAGUUGGCCAAUGUGAAUGUGAAGCCGCUGGUUGCGAUACACGAGCGCUGGAUACAUGAAGCUAACAGGAAGACCACGCGCUCUUUGUCACUGCCCGAAGAUAAUAAGUGUGAGGUGCGCGCGGUGAAGCCGGCAUCACACUGUGUAGCGAUGACGUCAUCAGUGUCGGCACUACCCGGACCCGGAGUACGUCAAGUGCGCACCAACUACCGCCUACCGCCGACAGCACAGCACAAGAACGGUCACCCAUGGGAUCAGUUCUGCCAUACACGAGACGUGAUGUCCAAGAGCGUAAACUUUGCUUUUGAUUCUGACAGUUGUCAUACAUGGAAGAAAGACAGCAGUAGAGGGUCUUCAAGUUCGUUUGACGUAAAAGAACCAAAAGUAGACCAGUCUACCAGCACGAGAAGUAUAGAAGAGUUCAUACGAGAACUGAUUAGAAAAGAGUUACAGAAUCACGAAGAUAUGUUUGACGAACAAUCAACAUCUGCAAGAAACGAAGAAAUACUGAACAAAGGCGUAUCGAAUGUUCUCGAAGGUUUGAAAUACGACGAAUCGGAACAAUCGAAAAAGGAAACCGUUAAAUCAUUUUCUAGAGUUAAAAUUAACGGUAACAAUAAACCAUUGCUGCAGAUAACUUUUAGUAGAUCAGGAGAGAAUAGUCUUCAAGUUUUGGAUAACUGCGUGAAUGUGACCAUAUGUGACACUAACACGGGUAAAGACAAAGUGCAGGUGGAAGAGGAGAUACCCCUUGAAGAUAUACAAGUCAAUUCAUUGAAGAGAUGCCAAGCUUUCAACGCUAUUCAGGAAGCUCGCAGUACCGAGGACUUGUACAUAGAUGACGAUCUAUCAACACAGAUGCAAGAGAACUUUGGCGGGAAAGUGAAACUGAUCCCUCUGCAUGGCUCCCUGCAUGAAAUACUCUGCGAGAAAGAGGACGACUGCUGCCUUAUUAAAGUGAAGCAAGAAAAUGGUUGUGACACAAUAUACUUCAGAUGUGACAACUCUGAUACAGAAUCAAGAGAUGCUAUCGAUGGAUUAAGAGAAAAUGGACCACAAGAUACAGUAGUCUUCAAACGAAGUAUAUCAUUAAUAGAGGAACGUAUACAACGUGUCAUACCAAAAGAUAAACGACCAAUUACAAUUAGAAAACGUAUAGAAACCAAAGCGCGACCGAAGUCAGAUUUCUUUCCGAAAAUCACAAAAGAAACACGCGUUUUAAGUAACAGUAGUCCAUCACUUAUUAUGAAGGAUAGAAAAAAUGAGGAAGUUGAAGUGAAUAUUGAAAACGUUAUGUGCUAUCAGGACUCUUCGUCUGAUGAAUGUUUGAAAUAUUCUGAGAAUGACGACUUUGAAAUACUAGAAAGGGAAAUAGAAGAAGAUAUUGCUAAUACUAACCUGACUUCUUUGAAUAGUAAAUGCUUAGAGAAGAUAUCUGAGGAAAACUUGUCUGUUAUUAAUGAUUGACGAGAGAUGACGGAAUAGUUGUUUAGGCAGAUGUGCUAUUUUCAGUGAUUAAUUCCAAAUAUUUGAACUUUAUUCUACCCUACUUUUAAGACAAUGGCUUGAAUAUUUAAGCUAAUUUUAUAAUGGUGAUUUGAUCAACUUGAACGAAAUAACACGGCUAAAAGACUUAAUUUUUUUUUCUAUUUUGGAUUUAAAAGUAUUAUGAGGCCAAAACGUAUUAAAUAAACAUCAAAAGUAUUUUUAUAUCAAUAUACUUAAUUGAUUCUAGCCAUAAUUUCUAAUAUGAUACCGUCCAAAUGACUCUCGCAUUUAGAGAAUCCAAAGAUCUGAAAUAUUUUGAUAGAAUUUUGUUGUAUAAAUAUAACAAUUCGGUAGCGUCUUGCAGAAGCGCUCUUGCGUCCACGUGUGAACGAUUGGUGAACACCGCGUUAUUGACAAGUGAGCUAGUAAUCGUGGGUUUUUGAGACCAAAACUCCCCUUUAAAUAGAUGAAUAUAUGUUUUAUAUAGAGAUUUUAAUUUCAGAAACCCACGGUUAGAAGAAAAAGUUGUUAGAAAUCAUGAUACGCCGUAAGCGCGUGGAUGCCGGGUCUAUGACGCGUAAUUGUGACGAGGUGUUGCCGGGAGAUUCUAUAACUUGAAUUUUUGUCGAAAGAGUUAUCUAAGUUACUUUAAUAUUAUAAGUUAACGAUCAAGGCUAUGUGAUUUUUUAAACUAAGUAACACGUAACCACUGUUGUGAUGUAGAUGUUAGCUGUUUAAAUAAGAUUUUUAUAUAAAUAUAU